AUGAUUUUUACGCAAACAUUUUGUAUCGUGAGCUGAUUAGCUCGUUAUACUCUCUCUGCUUGAUUUGUUUAGUAUGGUUUAAAAUUAAUUUUAAAGGCAUAAUGAACACAAAACUGAUUAUUUAGUUAAUAACAGGUGUUUGACAGGGAUCAUUUCGGAUCAUGAGUGUCCCGUGUUUAGUGAAGAGGACGGUGUCCAGAUGUUUCUCCGCUGGAUCAGGACUGUUCAGACCAGUUUUUUGCUCAUCAUGUAAACACACAGUCACAAGAAACAUGUCAUCAAGGAGACAGACUGACCAUCUACAGAGAACUUCUAGCGUUCAUAGACAAAUGGAGCUUUUCCCUGCACGUGUCAGUGACAUUAUGAAUGAAUCUGAUACAGUAAAGAGACUGAGACUAGAGGUACCACAUCCUGACUUCAGCUUCCGUGCUGGCCAGUGGGUGGAUUUCUUCAUCCCAGGUGUGGACACAGUGGGUGGCUUCUCUAUUUGCUCCAGUCCUGGUCUGCUGCAGAGAGAGGGAGUGAUUGAACUGGCCGUCAAACACACACGCCAUCCUCCAGCUCACUGGAUUCACACCAAAUGCUCUGUGGACUCUCAGGUAGCUGUGAGGGUGGGAGGUAACUUCUUCUUUGACCCUCAACCUUCUGACCCCGUGGUGGACCUGUUGCUGAUAGCUGGUGGUGUUGGCAUCAACCCUCUGUACUCCAUCCUGCUGCACGCAGCUGAUCUGCUCAGACAGACUCAUGGUCAGAGGUACACUCCGGGGCGCACACACCUGUGUUACAGCGCCAAGAACACCAAAGAGCUGCUCUUCAAGAACACCAUUAUUGACAUUUGUCACGAGCGACCUGAUAAAUUCUCCUGUGACUUCCAUGUUACCCAGCAGAGCUCUGACAUAGAGCAGGAACUUCAGCCUUACAUCAUAAAUGGAAGGAUAUCAGAAGAGGAGCUUCAGCGCUAUGUAGAUCCUGAACACACACUGUGUUAUCUCUGUGGCCCUCCUCCUAUGAUAGAGAAAGUGAGUUCAGACCUGAAGAAAGUCGGCCUGUUGGAGGACAAAAUCCUUUUUGAGAAAUGGUGGUAGCUCAGAUAUUCACAGCGAUGGAUGCAUCUGCAUCAUCAUAGAAACGGACUGUAAUGGCAAUGGACCAGUAAUGCCUCUGAGAUCAGUUGAAACGCACAACAGACACUGUGUCUGCAUUCUCCACAUUUAAACAGCCAAUUAUCCAGACUCUAUGCCCUAUUUUUAUUAUACCUCAUUUUAAAGAUAUUCAACCAAUUGACCGUAACCAGAGCUGUAAUGUUCUACAUUAUAGUUCAUUUGCUGGUUAACGGCAUAGGCAUCCUGCUUCAAGGGCAUGAUGAAAGAUUGCACACUCAGAUUGCACUGGGUUUUUAGAGAUCUGUGUAUAAUUAUGUAUGUUGUUUGCAUUUUAGAACACAUAUUUAUUCAUUAAAACUUUAAAGGCGUUAGGGGCAUAGAAAUCAAAAGAGAUAGUUCACCUAAAAAUAUACAUUUUUACACCCAUCUUUGCUCAUCAAUAUAGUGCUAAGUUUGCAGAAAGGUGCUAAACAUUGUCCCUUUUAAAGGGAUGUUCCACCCAACAUUUUUUGAAAAAUAAUCCUUCUCCGAGUCCAUAUGUUGCAAGUGGUUUGCAUCAAGUUGAUGUUUCAAAAACCACACCAAGUGAUCAUGAUGGUACUCAUAUGACCCCAGUGGAUGAAUCCAUGUCUUCUGAAGCAAAACAAUAGGUGUGUAUGUGUGAGAAAAAAUACUAUAUUAAACAUAGUUUCUGGUUA